GUAACUUCUCUAUAGUCUAGCGGUUAGCCGAAAUUACCCAAACACAAACUUUCUUUUCAGAGGCCAAAAUUUGAAAUUACACAAACACAAACCUUCAAAAGCCAAAUUUCAGCGUAACCCAAACAAGUCAGCAAAGAUCCAGUCACAGUGAGGAAAGCAGGGAAAGGGUGGCCCCAGGUCCACCGCAAGCGGGCGAGCAUGGCGGCGGUAGGCGGCGACGCGGCGAGCAUGGUGGCGGUGGGCCUGGUGUGGGGCGCCACGAACGCGCUGAUGCGCCGGGGCGCGCUCGUCUGGGACCGCCGCUCCCGCUCCCUUCCUGCCGGCACCGGCGCCGUCCGGCGGUGGGCCGACCUCCUGCUCACGUGGCAGUACUCGGCGCCGUUCCUCGCCAACCUCUCGGCCUCCGUCGCCUUCUUCCGCCUCCUCGGCGACUCGCCCAUCUCCGUCGCCGUGCUAGUCACCAACGCCACCACCUUCGCCGCCACGGCCGUUGCCGCCGCGCUCCUCGGGGAGGCCACCCGCGCCGCGCCCGCCGCGCUCGGCACCGCGCUCAUCGUCCUCGGCGUCUGGGUCUGCAUCGUCUAGCUCGCUAACCCUCGUCCGUUCCAACUUCCAAGGGUCCUCAUCUGUCUUCCGUGUUGUCUGUAGAAUUAGCUCGAAUUUGGUCUGCUUGUGUAAAUCUGUCAGUUCAUAAUAUGUGCCUUUGAUGCUGAUAUUUAGACUGUUUCUCAUUU